AUGGUCGACGACGAGCGUAAGCGUGAUCGCUCCUUUUUCGACUCUUCCUGCGCGAGUUACCGCCAGAACCCAUGUCGUACCCAAGUCCGACCUCAUAGGGACUUAAUCUCGAGAUUCGAGUCCUUCGUCUUGGGGCCUGGUGAGAAGAAGGUUGAAGUCGAGGUUGAUACUCGUGUUCCCUCUACUGCCAUCUUUACUUUCAACAAGGAGGACCACACCUUGGGCAACCUGAUCCGCUCUCGUCUGCUCCAGAACCAGCACGUCCUCUUCUCUGGAUAUCGCAUCCCCCACCCGCUGGUUCACAAGGUGCUCCUUCGCGUCCAGACCGAUGGUCAGAUCACCCCCAAGGAAGCAGUUCUUGCUGCCUGCCACGACCUAGUCAAGGAUCUCGGCAUCUUCAGCCGUGAGUUCACCAAGGAGUAUGAGCUGCGCAAGAUGGUCGGCGCCGGCACCCAGCAGAACGAUGCUCCAAACGGUGUCUAA